CCCCUCACAUUCUUCACUCCACCCUCACUACUCUCCCAAACACGCUUCUCUCUCCAGCUCCCAAGCUAGCUUUUUCAAAUCUACCCAGCUGGGAGAUUAGAGAGGGAAGAGUUGGUAGAAGAGAAGAAGGGGGAUAAAAUAGAGAAAAAUGGUGGGUUCUUCGGUAUCGUCAUCGUCGCUGAUUAGCUCUGGUGCCCGUGGUGGCGAGCUGAUGCCCUUCAUAGCAAUGGUGAUGCUACAAAUCGGGUACGCUGGAAUGAUGAUCUUAUCAAAGCUCGCCAUGGAUGCAGGACUCAACCCUUUCGUCUUCGUCACAUAUCGCCAGAUCUUCGCCACCAUUGCCACCUACCCUUUUGCUUUCUUCUUGGAGAGGAAGACAAGGCCGAGGAUAACGCUGUCGGUCCUGUUCCAAAUCUUCUUGUGUUCUCUCACAGGGGUACUAGGCAACCAAGGGUUGUAUUUCAUCGGACUGGACAAUUCAACCCCAACAAUUGCCUGCGCAUUGGCCAAUAUUCUCCCCGCCGUGACUUUUCUAUUCGCUGUCCUUUUCAGACAAGAGACACUCGGGUUGAGGACUAUUGCAGGGCAGGCAAAGGUGGUUGGGACGCUAGUGUGUGUUGGCGGAGCGAUGCUGCUUUCAUUUUACCACGGCCCUGAGAUCGGAGUCGGCAACUCCGCCAUCCACUGGAAGUAUGCAGAGAAGAUGACAGAUAAUAAGAACAACUCUGCCAACAAAGUCAAUUUCUUCUUGGGGCCUUUCCUCCUCCUCCUGAGCGCUGCUGCCUGGUCACUCUGGUUCAUCAUCCAAGCAAGAUUGAGCACCACAUUCUCAGCUCCUUACACAACCACAACACUCAUGUGCCUCAUGGCUAGUGUCGAGUGUGCAAUUGUUGGGGCAUGCGUUGAACAUGACAUCUCAGCCUGGUCUCUUAACUCGGGUAUUAAGAUCAUCGCAAGUCUUUAUUCGGCUAUCGUAUGUUCUGCCCUGGCAUUCUGCGUAAUGUCUUGGUGCAUCAAGAAGAAGGGUGCUCUCUAUGUCUCGGUGUUCACCCCUUUGUUGCUAGUGAUAACGGCUAUCCUCAGCUGGGCCCUCCUUCGCGAGAAAUUAAACCUCGGCAUAUGUUUGGGAUCGACUCUGAUAAUUGGGGGGCUAUAUGGCGUUCUAUGGGGGAAAAGCAAAGAGGCCAAGCAAAUAGGUAUUAUAAACAAGGAUGAGAUCAAACCGGAUCUAGAGUUGCAACCGAAUUCGCGGUUAAAUGGUGAUCAUCAUGUGCAUGCUGAAGGCUAAUUAAAACACGAGACUAGCUGUAGCAAGAUUCCCGUGGAACUCUCCAUCAGGCGUAUGAGAGACCAUUCAAGAUAUUCCCGGACAUAUAUCGGUAGGUUUUGCCUUGAGUUUGGUGCAGUCUAGGAUAUUCCGAACAAGAAAAAGGAACAAAAAGAGAAGUACGCAGUCUAGGGUGUAAGUUUCAGUAAGGAAAUGUGCCUCUGUAUAAGUUUGUUAUCGCAUUAGUUAUUAUAUAUGAGGAAUAGGAUGCUGCUCUUCUCCAA